AUGUCAACAACGUGGCUUCAGAAAACCUUUACACUUCCUUCCAAGUCUCGUGGCUCCUACCUCAUAACAGACCAGGUUGUGUCGGCAUUGCCGGAGAUCACAGAAUACAAAGUUGGACUUCUGAACCUGUUUAUACAACACACCUCAUGCGCGCUUUCUUUGAAUGAAAACUGGGACAGUGAUGUAAGAGAAGAUAUGAGCGAUGCGCUUGACCGAAUUGCCCCAGAAGACAGGAAGGGCAAUUUAUACCGACACUCGGCGGAAGGCUUGGAUGACAUGCCUGCACAUAUCAAGUCGGCACUUAUUGGUGCAAGUGUUACGAUUCCUAUCACGAAUGGCACUCUGAAUACUGGCACGUGGCAGGGGAUCUGGUAUUUGGAAUUUCGGGCGUCGAAGCAUACGAGAAAGGUGGUAGCGACCAUCCAAGGCGAGAAACGCUGA